AUGGAUGAUCCUCGUGAUAUUUCAGCAGUUGAUCCGUACAAUAGUAUUACAUCCGAUGAAGAAGAUGAACAAGCCAUCGCGAGAGAACUUGAAUUUAUGGAACGAAAAAGGCAAGCCUUAAUGGAACGAUUAAAAAGGAAGCAAGAAUUUAAAAAACCCGAAGAUCCUAAUUUCGAAGCCAUCGAAGUGCCUCAAUCUCCUACCAAGAGCCGUGUGAAAGUGGAAUCUCCUACUGCUAAAAAGCAAGGUACAAGACUCGAAGAUUCAAACGUCAAUGAAUCAAGGUUAUCUCAACUACAGCAGCAACGAGAAUCACCAACUAGUACAACCACAUACUUCAUGGAGAAAUUUCAAAAUGCAAAGAAAAAUGAAGAUAAACAAAUCGCCAAGUUUGAAAGCAUGAUGAACGCAAGAGUACAUACGUUCGGUACCGAUGAGAACGAAUAUAGGCCGAUAAUCACAAAUGAAUUAGAAAGCUUUUCAAAUCUUUGGGUUAAGAAGAGGUAUAUACCCGAGGAUGAUUUAAAACAGGCUUUACAUGAGAUCAAAAUUCUUCGGUUGGGAAAACUUUUUGCUAAAAUUCGUCCACCUAAAUUUCAAGAGCCUGAGUACGCCAAUUGGGCCGCGGUGGGUCUCAUUAGUCAUAAAUCUGACAUCAAAUUCACAUCAUCGGAAAAGCCGGUCAAAUUCUUCAUGUUUACCAUAACAGAUUUUCAGCAUACACUAGAUGUUUAUAUCUUCGGGAAAAAGGGUGUAGAAAGAUAUUAUAAUCUUCGCUUGGGCGAUGUAAUAGCAAUAUUAAACCCCGAAGUAUUACCGUGGAGACCUUCAGGACGAGGAAAUUUUAUCAAGUCCUUCAACCUUCGAAUUAGCCAUGACUUCAAGUGUAUCUUAGAGAUAGGUUCAAGCAGAGAUUUAGGAUGGUGUCCCAUAGUGAAUAAAAAGACACACAAAAAAUGUGGCUCUCCCAUAAACAUCUCUCUUCACAAGUGUUGUGAUUACCAUAGAGAAGUACAAUUUCGAGGGACAAGUGCUAAAAGAAUCGAAUUAAAUGGUGGGUACGCCUUAGGUGCGCCCACCAAAGUAGGUUCUCAACCAAGUUUAUAUAAGGGCAAAGGAGAAAAUAGGUUCAAUAUAAUCAAAGGUACUCGUAAGGGCCUCUCAGAGGAGGAGGAAAGACUCAAAAAGAGCUCUCACAACUUUACUAAUAGUAAUUCUGCGAAGGCAUUUUUCGAUGAGAAAUUUCAGAACCCAGAUAUGCUCGCAAACUUGGAUAAUAAAAGAAGAAAAAUAGUGGACACUAAGAAAUCGACAGCACUGAGCCGCGAACUAGGCAAGAUCAUGAGAAGGAGGGAAUCCAGCGGAUUAGAUGAUAAGAGCGACGGGGAGAAACAGAAAAUGAAGCAGACGACAGAAAGUGCUCUUCAGACAGGGCUUAUCCAACGCCUGGGAUUCGAUCCUACUCACGGGAAAAUUUCCCAAGUACUCAAGUCUUCGGUACCAGGCGGAGAGUCUAAGAACAUCCUCCUUAGUGGGAAAAAAACUGUUAUAAACGACCUCUUACAUUACAAGAAGGAAAAAGUCAUUCUUGCGCCCUCAAAGAAUGAAUGGUUCAAGAAAAGGAGCCACCGUGAGGAAGUUUGGCAAAGACAUUUCGGAUCCAAGGAAGCUGGAGAAACUUCGGAUGCUAGUGCCAGCGAUCUUGAGAUAGUAUAA